GGGAAACCCGUCAGGCUAUGUAAAAAGCCUACCAAGAUGGCUGCCGUAUGAAGUGUUUAUCGUCAUUUGUACGCCGUACAUCGACAUGAAAAAGUCCCCUGUUGAAUCAAAUUUUGUGGUGGAACUGUGAUGUAUUUGUCGUCCAAAAUGUCAGAUACCAGGAGAAGAGUAAAGCUUUAUGUUCUUAAUGAUGAGCGACAAUGGGAUGACAGGGGGACUGGUCAUGUAUCAUCAUGUUUGGUGGAUCGUCUGAAUGGGAUGUGUUUGCUAGUUUGUUCGGAAACCGAUGGUUCUAUCCUGUUGGAAUCCAAAAUUCAACCAGACACAGCAUACCAGAAGCAACAGGAAACUCUAAUUGUUUGGUCAGAGAAUGACAAUUAUGACUUGGCUCUUAGUUUCCAAGAGAGAGCAGGCUGUGAUGACAUCUGGGAAAUCAUCUGCCAGGUUCAAGGGAAAGAUCCAUCGGUUGACAUUACGCAAGAUGUCGUGGAUGAAUCCGAAGAAGACCGCUUUGAGGAACUCCCUGAAGCAGCCACACCUAUCGAACUACCUCCUUGUGAAAUCAGCAAACUGGAGGAGAUAACAGAGCUAUUCAGCAGUGCUUUGCAGUCCCCCAUCAAACGGGAAAAGCUUGCCAUAGCAAUAGAGAAGGAGAACUACAUUCGGAAACUCAUUGAACUAUUUUGUAUUUGUGAGGACCUUGACAACAACACGGAGUGCUUACAUUAUCUCUACGAGAUCAUGAAGAACACCAUACUCCUCAAUAAGACGUCGCUCCUCGAGAUUCUGUUUUCAGACGAACUUAUCUACGAUGUGGUAGGCUGUCUAGAACACGAUCCCAAUGCGACGGACUGUCGGCGGCAUCGGGAGUAUUUGAAUUCAAAGGCGAACUUCCAUGAAGUGAUCCCUAUCACGAAUAGAAACCUUUUGAAUAAAAUCCACCAGACUUACAGAGUUCAGUACAUUCAGGAUGUCAUUCUGCCCACACCUUCUGUCUUUGAGGAGAACAUGUUGUCAACGCUUAGUUCAUUUGUCUUCUUCAACAAGGUGGACAUUGUAGAUAUGAUUCAGGACGAUGAGAAAUUCCUGCCCGAGCUCUUUGCACAACUCAUCAGUGAGAGUACGGAGAACCACAGGCGGAGAGACCUUGUUUUAUUCCUCAAAGAAUUCUGCUGUUUUGCUCAGAAUAGUCAGAACAGGGAAGGCUUCUUCAAGACGUUAUCAAGCUUAGGUAUUCUCCCUGCCCUAGAAGUUGUCUUGGGUAUGGAUGAUUCAGAGGUUAGGCAAGCAGCAAUAGACAUCUUCUCCUUGGUCGUAGGAUUCAAUGCGUCUAUGGUUAGGGAGUUCAUCAUGCAUGAAGGUUCAUCAUCGGAAGACGAUGUACUACUAAUCAACCUUGUCAUUGAGCAGAUGAUUUGCGACACCGAUCCAGAUCUUGGCAGUGCCCUUCAACUGAUGAACAUCCUCAAAAUGCUUGUAGAUCCUGAGAAUAUGAUGGCAACUGGAGUUAAGACAGAGAAGACAGAAUUCUUGACAUUCUUCUACAAACACUGUAUGCACGUCCUUACCGCUCCUCUCCUUGCCAAUACGAUAGAUGACAAACCCAGUAAAGAUGACUACCAGACAUCCCAGCUGUUGAGUUUGAUUCUAGAAUUAUUAACGUUUGCAGUGGAGCACCAUACGUACCACAUAAAGAACUACAUCAUAAACAAAGAUCUUCUCAGGAGAAUAUUAGUCUUACUUAGAUCUUCGCAUCAUUUCCUUGUAUUAUGUGCUGUUAGGUUCUUCAGGAAGGUAGUAGCCAUGAGAGAUGACUUCUAUAAUAGGUAUAUUGUCAAAGGGAACCUCUUUGAGCCCCUCGUUAGUCUCUUCAAUGUCAACCGGUCCAAAUAUAACCUACUCAACUCCGCUCUCAUCGAACUCUUUGAAUUCAUUAGGAUAGAGGGAAUCAAGAUGCUUUUGACACACAUAGUGGAGAAGCACGGUGAAGAGUUGAAAGGCGUGGACUAUGUAGCAACAUUCAAAGGGCUUAGUGUCAAGUAUGAACAGUUCAUGGACAGAAUCAACACCAGGCCCAACUUAGACAAUUUGAGGCAUGCAAGCAUCCUGCAGAAUACGAGAUUUCGACGGGAUGCACGUGACCUGGAUGAGGAGGAGGAGCUCUGGUUUGAUCAAGAUGAAGAUGGAGAGGAUGCGGAAGCAGUGGUUCCCGUUGUAGAUAGUGCAUUCCGAUCAGCCAAGAUCUGCGGUGAUGUCAUCGAUGAUGUCGAGGACACGGGAAGGAUAAUUGGCAACAAGAAAGAAAACCAGCUUUUGAACAGGUCGGAACCUCUGAACGCCAGCAAUGGAAGACCGGACACACCUCUCAGGCCGUCACCUGGUAACAACCCCAACAAGAGGGCGGCACCGUUGACCAACAACAGACCAUCCAGUCCCAUUCCUGUGUCUUCGAACACGUCGACAUCACCAACCAUCAAGAAAAUGGCAGACACGGAGCUAGCCAAUAACAUCGGUGGCAGCGCUGAGGUAAAGAAGGUUUCACCGGCAUCUGAAUUGAAGGCAAAUAGUGCGGCAAAGCAGGGAGGUUUGGUGGGGUUGGUAGACUAUCCUGAUGAGGAUUCCGACGAAGACGAAGAUGCAGACGAGCACCCUCCUCUGAAGAGAGCACGUCUGAUCUAGGAAGCGUCCAGUCCAGUCAGAUCAAACCCGUCCUCCACCUACUCACCUAUGCCUUGAGUUGCUGGUCCUGUUGAGACGCACGCAGACCCGACCUUGGACGUUGCCAAACUCGCCGUCACGUGCAACAAGUAUUACAUCUCGCAAGGGUUCACGUCUGCCUCAAGGGACCUUGGCAAAGACACGCUGACGCACACUCCAGGAACAACGGUUAAGCUUAGGGCUUCCUCGAGAGCUUACAAGCUUGAUUAUGAUGAUGAUGAUUGGGAUGACGAUGAUGAUGAAAAUGUGCCAUGCCCAGAUCACAAUGAAUUGCUUGAUAGAUUCUACUGUGUAUACAAGAAGAUUGUCAUCAUGUAUACUUAAAAUUUGCUUCCUCAUGUCCCAUGAGAAGUCGUAUGUUUUUAAAGCCAAGGACUGUUUGGGAUCUAUACCAAGCUUUCACUUGAGCUUGAAACCUGCACUUGUGUGUGUUUUAAUGUUUUUGAUUAGUCUUUUUUAAAGGCCUAUCUCUUCCUUCUUUUAACACUAUAGAUUCCAGUAUGGCUUUCAUACACACUACUUACAAUGACGAUAUUCAUGGAUUUGGACAAGGGCAAUAAUUGGGGUAUCUUUUUAUCUUCUGUUCGAUGAGGCAUUAUCACAAGCCAGUUAGAGAAGAAAUGAAGAAGAUUGGAUGUUUUAUGAUUUUUAUUUUAGAAAGACCUGUGACCUCUGCCGAUGAGAUAGGGGGAGUGUGUCAUGAAUAAUUUUCUCAGCGGUUUUCACCGGCGGAUGUUAAAAGCUACUUGAAAUCAUGGCUUCUGAUUGGCUGAGAGCAAAUAAGUCGGUGAAAAUCACGGACGAAACUCUUCAUGAAAAGCUCCCGGGGAGCGGACAACCCCCUGGAGCAGGAUGGAUGGGAUCGUCUGGGUUGCAUUUCAUUAAAAACAAAUAAUCAUUUAUUUCACCAACAAUUUUUUUGCUCAGAGCCAAUCAGAUGCAAGGUUUUCGGUAGCUUGUAACGAAUAGUCGGCGAUUCUCAAUGUUAAUUGUCCCGUGGAAUCUAUGCUGCACCACCAUCACUCAGGUAUUUGAUGGGAGUAUGUAACUCGAGGCCCCCAUCACCAACCCAUGUAAAGCAGUGUACAAUUGUUGUAAAAGUCAAGAUAUUUUUCAUACCACUUUCCAGUCGAGUGUAUUUUGCAUUAUAUAAUCGUGUAUGAGGUUGAAUGUGCUUGGCAGUUUCCAAAUGCGCAAUUAUAGGUAUUGUGUCAGAGAGAAAGAGAGCGAGAGAGAGAGAUUUUAUGUGUGAGAUGGAGCAAGAGAGAUAGUGUGAACUUAUAGACGUGUUCUCAGUCUGUCAUUCAGUCCUUUAUAUUGAUUUUUAAAAUUCUUUCUGACAUUUUAUGUAACUGUCCACCUUAUGCACAAUUUUUCACGACCAGAAAAUUCACAAGACCUUUGAUUUUCAUGAAAAUUCAUAUGAAUCUUCUCCACCAGCAUAGAUUUUGGAAAGACCCGUCAUGGUUUGAAGAUUCAUGGUGUUUUUUGUUUUGUGUUUUUUUCACGAAGAACAGGAUUAUAAUCAGAAGAUAUAUGCAUUAUCUGUUUCAUUCUUGGGGUACAGAUCUGUCAACAUAACACUCCUAUUUUCCCCAUAAGGUCAUUGAGGACCCAAGUUAGGUCAAUGGAUAGGGCUUUUCCUCAUGUACGAUUCACAAAAAAGCACGAUCAUGUUGAGUGGUCCAAAAAUGCAACAUUAUUUCUUCAUUUUCACCACUAAUAUUUUUUCGAAUGGUGCUAAAUAUCGGUCCUUCAGCUGCGGAGGAAGUGUGUUGACUUGAUCUUACAGCACGGCCGUCCAAGCAAACUGCGUGUCAUGCGCCAUUCUGUGUUUCUAAUCAGUGAUGCAUUUAGAGUCUCUUUCAACUACUGUGAAGUCAGGCAUUCCAACUACAUGCACAAAUGAAAUUGACUCAGUGUUUAUGCUCAUCCUUUCCUCCCCCUACCCUCCUGCCAAUUAUUUCCUUAUUUCUGAAUGCAAAUUUCAAUGCAUAUCAUGCAUUGACUCUUGCUUUCAAUUGUCAGAGGGAUUUUUUUUAUUAAGUUGUCUUUGAUAACAAAUUCUAUUAUGUGUCUUAUGUGACAAAUACUGGUAUUUAAGUUUGGUUUGAGAAAGAUAUAUUUUUUAUGGAUAAUGACGCCAAAUUAUUUUCCCUUCCCACUUACUGUGUUGUGUUUGGAUUUGUACAAAGCAAAUAUGUGUUGCCACAAUGUUUUGCUAUUAUGCUGUGUGUAAAAUAUCAGAGUGUACUAAAACAUGUAUAUCUUUGUACAGCUAGUUAGUCAUCAUUCGUGGCAGAGUAGAAACCUUUAUUUCCAAACCGAUAUAAAGAAAUUAAAAAUUAUUUCGUAUUUGAAUGGUGCCUGACCCGAUCCGCGUUCGAAUGUCGAAUAGCUUCUUCCCUCUUUUACCACUUUUAGAUGGUUUUAUCAGAUUUUACUUGUAAUUUUUAUUUUGUAAUUUAUUUUGUUCAUAUGGAAUUUGAAUCUUGUCAUUUCUCUUGAAUUUUAUUUGAAAUUUACUCAAAAUAUUUGUAGAUUUCCUUUAGAGAGAAGUAUAUUUAGCAUUAUAUUGUAAAUGAUAUUACAUGGAGUUUGUUCAAACCGUGUCAUGGACUCUGAAUGAUAUGGUUUAUAUUAUGCAAUUACAUGUAAUGACAAGUAAAGCACAUCGCAUCCCCUUAUUCUAUCCAUGUUUUUGUAAAACUAUCAAUUGAUGGAUAAACUUCCAGCAAUUGCAACUACCAUGGCAACAAGACUAACAAUAUUGAACAGCCAAUCACAAUCAAUGUCAUGGAAGUUACAAUUGAUGGCAGAAUCAUCAGUGGUAGGUUUUGUGCAACAGGGCCCACUCUACAUCUCUGGUAUUUCUUUGUAUUCAUGUGAAAUUCAGUAAGUCCAUACUUGCAAUGCUUCUGCCAAACCAUUGCAAGAAUGCCAGUGUUGAUGACAAAUUGAAUUUAUGCUCGUUUUCACUUUGCUGUUGAGCAAGUGUACAAGGCAUCUCCAUAUGAUUCGCUAUAACACUUUAUUUUGCUUCCCAGGGGCCUGUUGCAGAAAAGAGUUGCGAUCGAACGAAGCUAAAAAAAUCUUGUGCAACUUGAUAUUUUGACUUACGUUUAAAAAUAAAAGCAACUCUUCAUGCUACAGGCCAUAGAGAACACCAUUUCAGGAAAGUUGACAGCAAUUUUUGUUUCCCUGGCAUUGUUGCAGGAGUGUUGACACUUGACAGCACUGUUGUCGGCAGUGUCUGAAUGUUACAAUGUUGUGCCCCAGUCCCACUCACAAAGCCAACUUCAAACCGAUGGAUGAUACCCCAUUCACAAUAACAUAUUAUCUUUGAUCGGACUAGAGUCGGUUUCCUCGGUGUGACUGCACCAUAUACUGUCAUUCAAUAAUUUCUUUUAUUUAAUUCCAGAAGUGUCCAGAGUGAGAUUAAACACAUGUUAAGAUGCAAUUUUUCUCUGUCCAACAAGUGUCAAAAAAAUAGUAUGAAUAUUUGAAAGAGAAGCACUCUGACUACUGCAGAGCUUAACACCAAUCCUUAUAUGAUGAUUCAGCUACCUGUUAAUAAACCAGUGGGGUGUGUCACAAAGAUUUAAGUGUGACUUAAGAGUAGCACUUGAAUUUCAGUUGCGUGUGGUUUAUAAGGCAUUACCACAUUGGUCAGAUCAUGUGCACUGCCGUAUAUCCAUCAGAUUACAUGUUAGAUGUCAGGUGCCCAUUGGCGUUUAAGCUCGACUCUUGAGGGGGUGUUGCAAGAAAAUAUUUGCGAAUCCAUUGCAAAUAUUCUGUUGCCAUUGUUUAAACUGAUAGAUCAACAUAAGCUGUAGCAAACCAGAUUACACCCCUUGUUUCAAACAGAUUAGCAAUCAAUCACGAAUUUGCAAUUAAUUGCAAGACAUGAUUGAUUUAGGGACCAAAAAUAGACUUGUAAUUAAUCGCAAGCACAAGUUUCUUGCAAAACCCCAUUAGUCACACUUUUUGUGAAACACCCCAAGAGCAAUUUCGGGUAAGUUGAUUCGGUAGCCAACACAUUUUUUGUUGAAGUUGAUUAAUAUCAAGCCUUGCAUACUAAAUUGGCACAUUCAGAUAUUGGUUAUCGUCUCUGUCUUUGUCUAUGAAUUUUCUAUAUUUGGCAUGAUACAGAUUGAGAUGUAUUUAUUAUGUUUUUGAGAGCAGAAUCAAUCAGUAUUUUGAUGGAGAGGCAUGUCGGGACAUACUUUCCCAUGUCAUAACAUGCAAGAUGUUACACCAUCGAGUGAAAAAUCAGUGUCAUUCUUAUGGGUUUAUCAUCUGAUGUGGUCUUUAGAUUUGAGUGUAUCCUGUGUAUUUGUCAUUUAUAGCACAUCUUCUGCCAUUUACUUUCACGUGCAUUCAGAUGUAGGUACAUUUCUCUCUUGGUUAUCUCUGCGUAUUUGUCUCUUCCCACUGUUUUUCCGAGUACAACUUGAAUUUAAUUCUAUUUGUGUUUUAUCCUUCAUGUCCAUGGUCUGCACCCCAUCUCUCUUCCUCUCUUUUCUCUUCCCUUUUCUCCUCUUUUCUCUUCACUUCUCUCCUCUUUUCUUUUCUCUUCACUUUUCUCUUCACCUUUGUCCUCUUUUUCUCUCCUCUUCUCUCUCCCUCUCUCUUGCAUCCUUUCCAACUCUCCUUACCUAUUCUCAUUAUUCAAAUUCAUUUAUUUAUCCCCCUUGCUCAAUACGAGUGAGAUCACUGCGUGUGAACCUAAAUGGCAGUUGGCAGUACUGGGUCGUAUAUUUGUAGAACACUUUUUUAAUAAUGAGAGAGAGAAGAAAAAAAAAGUAUGAAGUACAAUGAUAUGAACUAUAUUAUAGGGUGCCUGAUUGCUAGAAAUGGAUCCAAGGUCACCCCUUUUGUGAAAUGUAAAUAAAUUCUUUGGAGCAGAACAACAAAAAAAACUA